GUUAUCUAUUGCUGUUCGAAGUGGAUGAGAAUGUCGUUGCCCGUCAACUGCUCCAUUCAGGAAUUGGCACCUUUACUACACAGCGAUUGCAGCGCCAUCUCUUGGCAAUAAACAAAACACGCAAAACCUUUCCAAGGACGAGUCCCAGACUGUACCACUAGCAGGAAAGGAUUUUAAAAUUUGCAAUUUUAUAGAUGCAGAUAUAACAAAAAAUGAUAACCUCAUCUCCAUUCGCUUCCCAGUGAUAUGUACAUGGUUCCAAAUACAUAUGAAGGUGCUGGAGUCCAGGUAUGCUUACUAGAACAAUGGGGAUGCUUCAAACUUGCAACCACUUCAGCAUCAGGCCUUUAAAGACCUACACUCUUCUGAGGAAGUCUUUACUAACAAAGAAUUCAGCAAGAAGUCUCAGCGGGUUUGUCAUAUCUAAGACACCAAAGUUACAGGAAGGAACAAGAAAAAAUGUUCUGCCUCUGUCGCAGUUUGCAUUUAGUUGUAAUAUCCCAGAAGACCAAAGACAAGUGUUACAGAAGAAAUUCCAAAUGGUUCAAUGCUGUUUCUAUCACAGCAUAUCAAACAGCAGAUACAGGCAAGGAAAUCCCAUGCCUCUAUUGAGUUCCUCAAACUUCCUUCUUGGAAACAACAUUGAUAAACGGAACUUUUCAAUGUCUUGGCUCGACAACUUGGCCAUUACUCAAGCAGGCUGGUUUAGGGCCCUAGCAGAAUCCAGACUGGUCGAGAGCUUAAUGGGGGGGCUGCAGGGAAUACAUGACUCUUUGAACUUACCAUGGUGGGGAGCCAUCAUUGUCUCUACCAUACUGAUGAGGGGGGUAUUAACAUUCCCUCUUGCAGUGUACCAGAAUUACAUAUUGGCCAAAGUAGAAAAUAUGAAACCAGAAAUGGAUGAGUUAGUUAAAGAAUUGAAGAGGGAGACAGCCAUUGCCAUAAGAAAGUUUGGUUGGGACGAGAAGCACGCACGCAUCAUGUUCAAUAGAUCGGCCAAGAAAAUGUGGAAGGAUCUGAUUAUCAAGGAGAACUGUCACCCAUUCAAGGCGAGCUUACUUCUGUGGGUCCAGAUUCCACUGUGGGUCUCCAUGAGUGUGUCAUUCCGCAAUAUGGCCUCCAUGAUGCCACACCAGGAUGCAGCUGCCCAGGUCCUCUUUCUUGAGAUGAGCACAGGAGGUUUCGGCUGGAUCCCAAACCUAACAGAGGUUGAUCACUCGCUCAUCUUACCCAUGGCCAUGGGGCUCCUCAACCUUGCUAUCACAGAGAUUAAUGUUUUAAACAGACUCCAGGAGGGUUCAAAGCUACAGAAAUUUGCAACCAAUCUCUUUCGCUCUGUCAGCAUCAUCAUCAUACCCAUCGCAGCAACUGUGCCUUCGUGUGUUAUCCUGUACUGGGUAACAUCAAGUGCUUGUGGUGUAGCACAAAACCUGGCUCUCAUGCACCCAGGACUAAGGCGAAUGUGCAGAAUACCUUACACCCCAUCGGAACGCGAAAACCCCUAUCAACAUCUGUGGGCACAGAUGCAAAAGAGGUUAAGAAGGAAAAGUAAAGAAAUAAAUGAAAAAAAGGAUGGGCAGAUAAACUGAUGAAUUAGUGAAUAAGUGUAAAGAGUAUGGUAUAUGAAGAAACAAGUUUUUGUGAAAUAAUUGUAAAUAAUGAUAUUUAAAGAAUGUAAAUUUCAAGGUUUUAUUAUGUAAAUCAACUUAAUAAAAACAAAAAUCUA